AAAUAAAUAAAUAAAUAAAUAAAAUCAUCGCGACGCUCUGUCGUUUUAGAUAAAAACAACCACAACAACAUGUGCAGUGCCCCCAUUGCCAGAGUACAUAGGUGGACUGCAGUCAAUUAUUUUUGUUAUAAUGUAAUAUCUUUAUUAAACAAUCGGCGCUACUGUAGCAUAUUAACAAUGUGCAACAAACUGUUAGGCCGAGCACACACAUACUCAAGUGAAAAUAUUUAAACAACAUAAAUAAACGCAAGAACAUAACAGAACGCAGUUUAUAGCACUAGUUCUAUCUAAUUUCCUAUUGAAACCCCAUAUACGGCUGCCGUAAAACUGAGACGUAUUUUAACUGAGCAAUGCAGACAUCGUAAAGAUAACAAAAAAGCUGCAUUGUUCGCCAGUGAGUGGGUUGACAAACCCCUGUCAUGCGAACACUUGUUAUAACAUUAUCCCCUGCAAUGCACUCACACUGCUGCCUGUAUUGUUUUUGUAUAGUACCACACUACGCUGCUGAUGCAGGCUGCAUAAUCGCUCAAGACUUGCUAAGGAACGAGCGAAGAUAAGAUCAACCUAACCGCUUUCACGCUUUGUGCCCUAUGUUUGACUGCCAGCAAAAAAAACCCAAUCAGUAUUUCACUUUCUCGUCAACGCCUCCCAACCAGACAACAGAGAAGGCGGAUCUUUUGCAGGACUUUAUCAGGUUAGGUUGGGAGGUUUGGGGUCCUGGCAAUUUUGACAGCCUCUCAGGUAAGACGUCUGUUGUUCUGGAGCGGUUUAAGUUUCUAUGAGUUUCCUAUCACACUCGCAGUGAGUCUGGGGCUGACAAACACAAAAAACUCUACUUCCAAGUCCAAACAUCACGGUAACAUGAACAAAAAGAAAAAGGACUGGAGGGUGGAAAAAGAGCGCUUAUUAGCAUUGGGGCUUGAAGAAAGGCGUAAAGAGUAUGGCGAAAAGUAUGUUCCACUGGAGAAAAUUCCAAGUUGGAAGCAACAGGAAAAAAGUAAAUAUAAAGAUGAUGUGGAAGACUCUUCAGUGCAGACAACUAGUUUGAGUGACAAGGUAUCUCUUUACAAAGGUGACAUCACUGUCCUUGAGCUUGAUGCCAUAGUGAAUGCUGCAAACGCGAGUCUCCUGGGUGGUGGAGGAGUGGAUGGCUGUAUUCACAGAGCUGCUGGAUCCUGCCUGUUCGAUGAAUGCCAUACUCUGCAUGGCUGUGGGACUGGUAAAGCAGAGAUUACCUGUGGCUAUGAUCUUCCAGCAAAGUAUGUCAUCCAUACGGUGGGUCCUAUAGCACGAGGCUAUAUUGGAAAGACUCAAAAGGAACUUCUAGCAAACUGCUAUGAAAACUCUCUGAAGCUGCUUUUGGAUAAUGGCUUAAGAUCUGUGGCCUUCCCUUGCAUUUCUACUGGCAUCUAUGGUUUCCCUAAUGAGCCUGCUGCUGAAAUUGCCCUUGAGACUGUCAGAAACUGGAUUAAGACAAACACUAAUGAGAUUGAUUGUGUCAUCUUUUGUGUUUUCCUGGAGACGGACUAUAAAAUCUACAAGGAAAAACUUUCCAAGUUUUUCUCUCAAGAUAACGACAUGAAUGAAGAUGCAGCUGAGGGAAUGACUCAGGAAGAAGUUAAAAAAUACACACCACUUAGCAAGAAGUCCGAAAAGAAGAAACUUAACAAAGAUGAAGACAGCAAUGAAGCAGAAGAAGACAAUGACAAAACUGAAUCUGCUGACGCAGAAAUGGAAAGCCAAAAAGAAGAAGCUGACAAACCUGACAACACUGAUGCUGAAAUGGAGAGUCAAAAUUUAGAUGCUGAAGACAACCCCGCAUCAGAGGAACCCAGGGAAGGGAGGGACAGAAAUAACAAAGAGUCAGCUUCUGAUGUGAAAACCAAGCAAGAGAAGCCUACCAAGGGUCAGAAACAUGGGGAUGAUCCAAUGGAGGAUCGUGCAGAGACUGAGGAAAGCAAGACCGGUUUAGAUAAGGAUGAAGUCGGAUGUCAAUUAACAGGGAUGGAAACUGAGGCAGCAGUCUGUCAGAAUAAGGCUCUAAGUUAUACCUCUUGCACCAACAGCAAUGGAUCUGUGAUCUCAGAUCCAAACCUAGAUUCCAAAGAGCUGUCCAGAGGCGGUUCCAAACCAGAAGAUGAACUAAUGGAGGAUCAGGGUAUAGCUGUUUCAACUGAUGCUAAACCACUUGUAGAGAAAAUUUAAAAUAGUGAGAUUGACGAAGGUGUGGCUGGUGAUGUGAAGGAUCCAUGAAAUAAAAAAUAAGAAGACAAUCUGCUUCAUUUUGAGGCAUCAGAUGGUGUGACUGCACACAUAACAACAAUAUGCACACAGUGGGAGGUUUAUUGUGGGCUAGAGGAACAUAACACAAAUUUAUUAAUUUGUAUGUAACUUGAUUGUUUUUAAUCUCUUUCUUUCAUAAAACUGUAUCAAAGAUUUCUUAGGUGUACAGUUUUACAUUAUAUGCCUUGCACUGUUUGUGGUUGCUCUGAGCUAUAAUUCUUUUGGGUAGAUGAUGAACUCAUGUGUUAAUGGUGCAUGAGAGUAUUAAUGCAGGCUUGUACUGUUGCUUGUUUCAUUCUGGGGCAGUGUAUGCCGGUACCCAGCAGUUAUCCACAUUCUGAACACUUUUAUUUGUGAAGGUAGUUCUACUGCUGUGUCAGAUUUGUAGUAAGAACCUGAAUUGUAAUUGUAAUACUCUACAGCAGAAGUGAAAACCUUUUAAAAUGUGUUCUCCUGAGAGAGAACAUAAAUACUUACAGAAAACCAGAUCUACUUUACAGUUAACAAAUGCAAACUGACAGGUUACUACUAAGUUACAGCUAAUGGUGAACCUUUUCAGUGAUUACCAUGUGCUGAAUAUAGAGCUUUGAGGUUCCUCUUGCUUCUGAAACAAUGAGGACACAUACACUAGUUUCUGUAAAGUUGCCACUUCUUUGAACAACCAUAAUUUUAAGAUGAGGCGCAGUGUAGCUUGUGCUUACUGACUGAUGUUACAGUACCCUGAGGAAUACAUUUAUGCAAGGAAAGUGUCUCAAACAACAUGACAUAUUACAUCAAAAAAAAAUUAUUUCAAAAGAUGCUUAAGUGCAUUGAUUAGUUUUUAACUACUCGUCGUCCAUUGCAAAGUGUAUAGCUUAUUACAAAUGAAACACUAAUUAUUUUGUGAUCUAAUGCUGUUCUGAUUUGUACAUUUGAUUAAAGCCAAAUGAUUCUUUACAAAUAUUUCCUGUGCAUGGCUGCUUUGCUUUUGACUAUAUUCAGUUAACAUAAUAGGUUUGAUUAUACAUUGUCAUCGGGAAAUAGAUUUUGUUCUUAUGUGUCAUGGAUUUGCCUUAUCUGACAUUUUACUACUGGGAAACAAAACUAUUUUUUUUAUUAUUAUUAUGGAUUAGAUGAUUUGAUGUAAGAGCAAAUACUUGUAGUCUGUUGCUUGCAAAUGAGUUGUAAUUAAUAGUAAAUAAUGCGAUGGCUUAUAAAUGCCUUGAUGCCUUCAUACUAUGAUGUUUGUUAAAAAUGAACAAAAUAAGUCAAAGAAUUGAUUCAUGCCUGAAUACCUGUUAUUCUGUAUAAUGUUAAUUAUUAAAUGUUAUGAGAACUGAU